AUGUGGGCGUCCAAUUGCACAGACAUUUUCGGCUUCACACCAAGCCCUCGCCCAAUCCCACCAUACGGCAACCCUUAUGGCGACAGCGACGGUGACAACAACAAUUAUAUCGGCAGACGCAGGCCAUGGUACAUCUCGCCAAACAAAAGCUAUUAUGUCGCCACUACCUAUAUCUCCCUUCUCAGCAUCAUGGCCGUAUACAUGUGCUUUCGCGCCCGUACGCGGCUACGGUACUUUGCCAGUUUCUGCACCUUUCUGGGGCUAACGGUUGCCAUCGUGGGUCUGCUUCGGGCCAGGUCUAUGAUCCCUGCGAAUGUUUUCUGGCUGUGGAACUUCAUUGCCGAGGUCAUAUCCAUCGUAGCGCUCACGUAUACGAUCGUGUCUGUCGGAAACGGGUUCUAUCCGAUGGCUGGCAAGAAAAAUGUCUUUUGGAGGAUGGCCAUGGCCUGGAUCAUUGUCUAUGCACUGGUAGCGAUAUCCAACAUUGCGCUUUAUGCCCAAAAAAACUUUGGCUCCCAUUACAUCUCUGGACCUGAAUUAGUGGCCUUGAGGUCUCGUAUAGAGAACCUGGGGAUUAUGGAUAUGUCUGCACUGGUGCGCCAGGAGCUUGUUAUGCAAUGCAAAGGAUUGAUUCCCUGGGGCAACUUGACCGAGACCGGUGUCGCGAGUUGGAGACAACUCUCUUGGACCGAGCAGGAUGUAUUUGCGAGGCCGCAGACCACGGUCUAUCUCGUGAGCCAAAUGCUGAUGCUCUUCACCUGGGGAUGGGUGUCGCUCUAUCUUUUCAUCCCACUUGUGAGGAACCAUUGUCAUGGGCCCGUCGGCCGCCCGGUCGACAGCGAUAUGAUGGCCGUCGGCGCCUGGUAUUUAGGUUGUCUACUUAUUUUGACCACGGCAUACGCUGUCCUCAACAUCUACUUUUGCAUCGUGCCUGAGUCUAUUUAUGAGCAACAAGCGCAAGCCCUGGACCUCUGCAUACGUAUCACCAUCGGCCCCAUAUUCUUUCUCCCCGCACCAGCAUUUCUCAUACGCUUCUACCGCCAGCAUUUCAAGCGCUUUGGCAAAGGUGGCAAUGACAUAGGUGGAGGUCCAGGGUGCAGAUACGGAGGCCGUUGGAGAAAUGACACCCCAAGUAACAACGGUGGAUUUCAAGGCUCAUUUGCGACUGCUGAUGAUCUGAGCGGAAGUGUCGCCUCUCCUUAUUCUCUUAAUGGCUCACGAACUGGCCAUCCGGAUGACCGUGGAUGCCCUAACAGGGCUUCGGCUGAUGAUCCCACCAAUCUCAACAUAAACACAAGCAUUAAGGACAAAACAAACAAACAGCGUCAAACCAGCGUCGGUAGCGUGUACGAUCGCAUGCGAGCUUUUCACUCCAGGAAUCGCGGCACGUCUAUGGAGAGCAACAAGAUGUUCAGCCAAGACUUUGAGCCAGAAGAAUUGCACGAUGGGCAGUGUACUACAGAGGACCACGCGCGCGCGGACUCGUUCGAUCAGUACUUCAGCAACAUGGAUUCAUACGGUGCAGGGAGGAUGGCUGAAGGGUCCAAUAGUCUUCAAAUUUCACCCUCAUACCUCAACAACCAUCAAGGCGCGGAUCCUUUAAUUGGACUUCGCCCUUCGAGCAUGGAGCCUCAGAAGCCAGAACCAGCAUUGACAACGAAUCAAGGAGGCUGGCAGCUCGGUCGAUUCAUGACAAGUCAUGACAGAGCUUAUAAUGAGAAAUCGGAACCAAAUGAUGGUGGCAACAAAUCUGAAGAUCAUCAGCAGGAGAAGAAUUCGGGGGGUAUCAACACAACGGGAACAACAGGAUGGGAAGUUGGCGGAUGGGGUCAUAUUCGAAAGACGUCCGAGGGUAACGAGAACAGCCUUUCAAAUCCCCCGGAACUCUACCCGUUGCCCUCGCCAUUGUCUGCCCUACCAUCGACAUCAGCGCCCUCCGCGUCUCGGUCUACAGAGGAAGUUGUGAACAGGAGUGCUGUUGCAAACAUUCACGACAGCGCGCAGGAGAACAGUGCCGAUCAGUCCAGCAUCCCCAUUCACAAGUUGACCGGUCUUCAAAAGCAGCUUGCAGAAUAUCGAUCUGCCCUUCUUCCGGUAGUCUUGGCGAUGCAUGGCAUGGAAGACAGAGGCCCUCCUUCUGUGACCUUCGACAGUCGUGAUGGUGAUGAGGAUGACUUGAGAAGCAACGACAAUGAUUCUCGGCAUUACCGUUCAAGGUCGCGCGGUGACACUGCACAAGCAACAGGACCGCGAUACUCCUUAGACGAGCUCUCGCCCAGCAGACAGCACUACAGCACCGGUGGACCCACUACCAACACGAUCGCCGAAGUAGACGAACCUGAAGAGAACGCCCGUAUGACAGUGCACUCUGUUGAUCCGCUGCACUGGUCCAAACUCCCACCAAGUCCCAAGUUCACACCAACCCUCAGCGGCAACGAUAGCUAUGCGGAUAGUGCCCACAAUCAGGCAGCACCAAGUAGUUACCGCGCAGGACCAUCAAUCGCCAAGAGCGGUGAAAGACCGACGUCGGGGUUCAGGAAGAAGUGGCUCCCCGGCCGCAAGUCAAACGACGCGGAUCGUCAAGGUGCGCCAAGGAAGUUUGAGCUGGAGCUGUCGCUCCCUGACGAGAGCAAGAGCAGCAAACGUAACAGCAUUGGCAUCAGCAACACAGAUGCAAUUCAGUCGAACAAAGGCAUCAAACCAAGGGAUAACAAACGUAACGUAUUCUCAAAAGUGCUCUCUGGUGGAGGUCAGAAGAGCGCGGAUCGUGGUCGUACGAGCCAGGAUCUUAAUGACCAGGACAAGGACUACUCAACCUUGGAUAUGGAGGGAAAGCCAGCAAAUACUAUGCAUGGCAAACCGUACGUCCCUGCAACUGUCGAGGCAUUGGCCCAGGCGUCGGCCGCUCACUUGGAGGAUGAGGAUGAGGAUAAGGGUCUUCAGUACUACUACCCAGACCCAUAUUACAGCCUGGCAGAAUUCAAAAGACCUCAGUCAGCGUUACUCGACCAAGUCGGGUCCCGUACCACGUCCAGGCAUCCGUUGUCGCCUACAUUUUCUGAAGUUGACAUGGGGUCCAAGGCUGAGGCUGUGUUUAAGUCCAAACUUGGUCCCACCAGCGCUUCUGAGCUAUUGGUCCUGUCUUCCGACGAGUCACCUGGCGCCUUCUCGAGCAAGACGCCGUCCGUCAAGACCGCCAAAAGCUCUCAGAGCAUCAAGAAAUCGUUGAAGAAGGAUGCAGCGCCAUCUCCAAUUGUAGCAACCAACACAAACCCCAGUGUGAGUGUCAGUACCAGUGUCUCUUCACCGUCCAGCGUCAGCCAUGCCCAAUCUUCAUCGUCCUUAGGAUCCCUCCUGUCCAGAACUUCUUCCAAUUCAAAGAAAAUCGGUCCCAAGUCCAAGGCCCGAGGCAAUCGGUCCAAGUCGGACGUAGCCCCUUCGCGUUCGAGUAUGGAUAACGCUGCGUCCCCCACCACUGUUUUACCAAUAACAGCAACGCGCAAGGCCAGCAUUCCUAGCGUGCCUGCGAUCACUCAACCUGCCAAAACAUCCCUGUCGCCACCUCCACGUCAGAGCUGGACCCGUUCAAAAUCCUUCCAAAGCAGCGCCUCCGCGAUCGCGCUGGCGCUUUUUAAUGAUUCACCCAACAGCCCCAGUAAACCCAUAUCCAUCGACACUAAACUGGCAAACGAGCAUGGGGCUGGCGACGCAGUCGUCUCUUCUCCAAAUGGAGCUCGAACAUCUCUCUCUUCGUCACUCGGGUCUCCAACCUCAGGAUCGCUCUCUCCGACAUCGAGUCCUACAAUCGAGACCGAUGAACUUGGCCGGAGGAUAGAUAAGCAGGCAGCACCUUCUUCGCCGCCCUUGUCGCCGCCUGCGACGUCAUAUAAUCGGUUGGGAGGCCUAAAACCCCGAAACCAGGGUCCCAGAAAGGAUUCUCUGGACCGAGAGAACGACCCCCGUGGCACUGCAAAGGACAUGGCCGGGUUCAGCACCGCAGCCAUGGAUUUCAGGAGGGCCAAGGGUCGACAUCAGCGGUCUGUCGAUAAUCUCGCAUCUGCCUAUUAUUACAAACGCGCGGCGGAGCUGAACAACAAAGCUCCGGAAAAUGGAGCAGGCCGAAAGCGUGAACGGGAACGUGGCUCGUCGUCGAGCGCCACGCCAUCGGGAUCAGCUGUCCCUCCUCCGUCUCCACAGCCUGUCAGCUCAGGAUUCAGCUAUUAUGGCACUGGUACUGGCACAGGAGAAGACAGUGGACGCACUUCGCCCAUUUUGAACGCCUUCCCUCAUUCUCAAUCGCACCGCAGGGAUCCGCUACACUAUGCUUCUGGCGACUACAUUCCUCACUACCGAAAGAGUAAAUCCAGCUUGGAGUACUCUCUUCCCGGAGGCAACCCUGGCACACUUCCCUCCAAGAUAGGAAAUGAUGGUGAGAACGAUCGUACGAACAGUAUCACCAGCCUACGACUCUUGGCAGACGAUCCUUGGACGCAGGCUAUGGUUGCUCGUGCACAGAGUGCUGGGGUUGGGGUUGGGGUUGGAGCCGGGACUGGCAACGGGAGUAGCGGUAGUGGCGUUGGAGUAGGUGGCAAGCAUGCACAAACGUAUUCGUACUCUACACAGUAUCCGGGUCACAGCCAUAGCCCAAGUCCGAGCCCGAUCUUGGGAGGAUCAGGUGAUGUGAGCGAGAAUGGCGGCGGCAGCGGAGCUAGCGGCGCACGCCAGAGUCAUGUCAGCUACACACGAGUGACAAGUCCAUUGAGUCCAGAGUUUUACACGCGCCCAAGCAUUAGCCGCACCGAGUCGGAAUAG